ACUUACCCUGUGUGACUAUAUCACUUUUUUAUAUUCAUAAAGCAAUUUAGCAUUUGCUGUAAAUGUUAAGCUUUAUUAAGCGUUUAAUUAAAUGAAAUAAAAUACGUAAUAGAUUAAUAUUACCUUAAUUAGUCUACAGCAACUUUGUAAAUUGCUUGAUAAUUAAUGGAUUUAAUAUUUGUGUUAGAGAAAUUACAUUAAUUUGUGCAUAAUGUCGUGAUAGCGAUUUUUUUGUCGACUAUUUUAUAUGGAAAAGAAAUUCACAACAAAAAAUAAUAAGAAUGGUGCCUUUAUUAGAAACAACAACUUUACUAGACGAUUAGACAAAAGCGUACAGAGCACGAGCAGAUGGUUCUUUAUUCAUACAAAUAAUGACAUUUCCAGCUGAUCGAAACUCUUCAUCCGUUACCGUUACUUAUUGAAAAACAAUUUAAUAAAUCCAAAUACGUGAGACGAAAUGUAGUUUUCCAUUCAGAAAACUCUUAUCUAUAUUUAAAAAGAAUGAUAAUAAUAAAUUUAUUAAAAAAAAGAAGAAAACAGGACAUUUUGAGUGACGGCCACGACAGCCAACCAGCGGCCUGGGAACUCUGACACGUAGGGCGAAGGGCGCAACUUAUCAGCCAAUCAGUGCGCGGCACACUGGCACGUGCCAGUUUCGCGGCAAAAAAGAUUUGGCGCGUAAACAUAUGAGCAGGUUCCGAUCAGCUGGAACAAAAAAACACAACAAUAACAGAAGCGAUUCCUGCCGUGUCGCGCGCGGGGACUCUCUGGCCGCACCUUUCUUCUGUUUCAAUGGGUUUUUGCGUCAAAUGAGCAAGAAUCUGGAUGUUAUUCGGAGUUCAUGACCAUACUUCCUGGAUGGAGUCAUUAAAAAGGACAAAAGCGCAGGAUAUUUUGGAUUAAAGUGGCAGAUGCGAACAGAAACCGGACUUGGGCUUUGUUCCGCAUCCGGAUCGGGUUAUAUCUUUAUAUUUACUUAAACACAGUCUGUUUACCAAUAUAACAACACGCUUCAAACACGUUUACCACUGCUCAAGUAAAACCUAACUCCAUUCGUAACAAAAUAUCGCAACAUCGACAAUAAUUUCAGGAUCGUAUGGAAUAAUUUCAUGUUUUAUGCACUUUAAAGGUUGAAAUUGCAUUGCUAUUUGUAUAUGAUGAUGUAUAUUUAUGAUGAACUGUAUUUGUUAUGCUUUUCAGCCAUUUUCAAAAGCACUUCCUUAAAGCAACCCCAAUUCUAAACUCAUAAUGCAUGUCAAACUUAUCUUAAACAUGUUUAGAAGUAAAAUGCAUUGUCUUAUAAAUAACUUUUAUUGAUUUAAAGUUGAUUUUUGUUGUGCAAACUGAAGUUGACCUACAUUCAGCCCUUGUUGUGGUUUGAGAGUCUCACCCAUAUGUUCAGUCAAGGCCUGUUUUUAACGUGGCUUAUCCAGCUGUACUCUCUCUCAUGCAUGCAUUUUGAAAAACAACCGGUUUGCAUGCAUUGAAAGCCAUAAGGAUUGGAAAUACACCCAGAGACUGAGUGACCCCUGCUGAUUUAGCCCGAUAUGUCUGAGAGUUUUAUAUCGGGUCAGACCUCGGAGGACCUGCUGGCGGAUUUUGAGUCCCUCUUGAACAAUGGCAGCAUUGAUCUCAGUGAAGAUCAUCAAAUCGUCAUCAUCUCCACUCCGGGCACAGCCUCGGCCAGCACUGCAACCGGCGACAUCUUGCUGUUUGCCACCCCUCAUCACACCACCACUGCCACCACGACCCUGCUGGACCACCGGAGACCCACUUUAGGACGCCCACCGGUGAAGAGAAAGUUGGAUUUGGACAGUGAUCAUCAGUACAUCUGCACGUCCCGACCUGCUUCACAUGGACCAGCACCUCCAGCCACACCCGCGCCUCCCAGAGUGCAUAAAGUGUCAACGGAGAAGUCCCGUUACGACACGUCUCUGAAUCUGACCACCAAGCGCUUCCUGGAUCUCCUGGCUCAGUCUCCGGACGGCGUGGUCGACCUCAACUGGGCCUCUCAGGUGCUGGACGUCCAGAAACGGCGCAUCUACGACAUCACCAACGUCCUGGAGGGCAUCCACCUGAUCUCCAAGAAGUCCAAGAACAACAUUCAGUGGCUGGGGAACCGUAUCGACGGGGCGUCCAUGGCCAGGUUUCAGACGCUGCAGAGGGAGGUGUCUGAGCUGACGGAGGCCGAGGAGAAACUCGACGAGCUCAUUAACAAAUGCAGCUUACAGCUACGGCUCCUCACAGAGGACACACACAACAAGAAGCUGGGAUACGUUCGAUGUCAGGACCUGCGUAACACGGUGAAGCCGCCGGAUCAGAUCAUCAUGGUGAUUCGAGCUCCGCCAGAGACGAAGAUGCAGGUCUCUGAACCCAGCGAGGGUUACCAGAUUUCACUCAAGAGCUCCAAAGGCCCGAUCGAUGUGUUUCUGUGUCCCGAGGACAGUUCUGGGGUCUGUAGUCCAGUCACUGAUUGUAGUCCAGCGAAAUCGUCCAAUCAGAGCCCCCCGCAGUCUGAUCGCAUCUCACAGGAAGUGACAUCAUCAACUCUCCCCAGUUCCUCCCCUUUGCCUCUAGGUGCAGACUCAGAGUCAUAUCUGGACUCGGAUCCAUUUUCAGGCAUUUGCGAGAUGCCAGAUUUCAAUUUGUCUCCUUUGGAUUCCUCUGACUUCGCUCUGGAGCGGGGCGGUGAGACGGACGCCAUCGGCCUCCCGCUGGACGCUUUUAUCUCCCUGUCUCCGCCACACAGCCAGGACUAUCACUUCGGCCUGGAGGAUCACGAAGGCGUCAGCGAGCUGUUCGACUGCGACUUCAGCGACCUCGGCCAUCUGGAGUUCUGACAGACGGAUUCCAGCAUUCGUUUCCCAGUGUGAACAGGAAACUGAUUCCACUUCGCUUUUCAAUUCGCUCUGAACAGCGCCAUUUAAUUUAUUAAUAUUAAUAAGUCACCUUUAAAGGAAUAGUUUACACAAAAAUUACAAUUUACUGAAAAUGUUCUCACCCUCAGGUCAUCCAAGAUGUAGAUGAGUUUGUUUC